UACCAGCCAUGUCAGCCAAAUAAUUCCCGGGAAAAGGUACUCCCGAUCGAACUGGUCAGAGGAGUGCUAGAAGAAAACUCCUAUUCCCAAUCUAAUUCACACCGCCACCCUUCUCAUUCAAGGAGAUAUUGAAUGUAGAAACAAAUCUAUCGAAGAACCUCAUCCUCCCUGAGCUUGGGUUCGAGUUAAGGAAAACAGAGAAAAAAGGGAGAAGAAAUUAGGGUUUCUGAUAACCCCUAUAGAGUACAGCGAUGGCGAUGCAAAGCGGGAUUGGACUUUCUAAGAUCGUGAUCUUGGUCGGGGCAGGGUAUACCGGUUCAAUAAUGCUGAGAAAUGGUCGAUUAUCUGAUUUAUUGGCGGAGCUACAGUCCUUAGUUAAGGGAUUGGAAACAUCUGGGGACAAAUCAAGCACCGACUCCGACUACUCCGAUGCUCUUGCUGCUCAGGUGCGUCGAUUGGCAAUGGAAGUCAGACAACUAGCUUCAUCACGACAAAUAACUGUUCUAAAUGGAAAUUCUGGCCAGAUUGGAAACAUGACAUCUCUCGUGAUGCCAGCUGCAGCCUUGGGUGCGUUGGGCUAUGGAUACAUGUGGUGGAAGGGUCUGUCAUUCUCAGAUCUUAUGUAUGUCACCAAGCGUAACAUGGCAAAUGCUGUUUCCAGCAUGACCAAACAUCUGGAGCAAGUUUCUUCUGCUCUUGCUGCCACAAAGAGGCAUUUGACACAGCGGAUUGAGAACUUGGAUGGAAAACUAGAUGAGCAGAAAGAGAUAUCAAAAUUAAUUAAGAAUGAGGUGAGUGAUGUUCGUGCUGAUCUCUCACAAAUUGGUUAUGACUUGGAUUCUUUACAAAGAAUGGUUUCUGGUCUGGAUGGAAAAAUAUGCUCGUUGGAAGACAAGCAGGAUUUUGCAAAUGCUGGUGUGUGGUACCUGUGCAACUUUGUUGGUGCAAAGGAUCAAAAAAUGUCUGACUUUUUGCAGUCUCUGCCUAAACCGUCUAAUAGGUCACGUGGUCUUAUUUCAGAGGCUCCAUCUCUAAAGGGUCUCAAGCAAAUUGCAGACACCAUUACAUCAGGAAAUAUUGAUAAGACUAAUGGAACCAUGCAAAAUGAUUUUGGCAAGUUGGAGAACCAUCCCAAAAGCUUGACCAGGACUGCCUCCAUCAAGUGUUGAAUUUAAUAUUUUCAAAAGAGAGAUGUUUGCCAGGAUUUCUAUGUUCCAUAUGCCUGUGGAGAAGUCUGACGAAUUGAAUAAUUGGAAUGUAAGCCGAUAAAAAAAUCAAAUUGGUUUUUUUUUUACCUUUUUAUUCUCUUUACUCAAAAGGGAAAAAUGUACUUGUUUGAUUUGGUGCGCACUUCCCAUGUAGAAUUUCGGCCUUGGACAAAACUAUUCUGUGUGCAAAUUUACCUGGCACAAAGCACAAUAGAAAUUGUUAGAAGUGUCUUAGACGAUAUAUUUUACAUGUAUAGAAAUUCUACCACAUUUGCUUGUUUGAUUCA